AAUAUGCUUAGCUUUUCCUGCAUGACUCAUUUAACUAUAWUUCCCAAAUCGGAAACAUUUGUUUUGAAAGUACCGAACCGGAUGUAGCAUCGCUUUCAGUUCACGCAGRCUGAGGAGGAAUCUGACGGCGGCAGCAGGCAGCUUGGAAGUCUGUGCCCCGCAGGUUCCCGCACGUUAGCUAACCGCGCUCUCUCCUCUGGAUACAACCCGCGCGGAGGCGGACAUUAUGGCGACGUUGGGCCCGGAGUCGGCCCGCGCUGCUCUCGCCCAGCUCAGUUCUUCUCCUUCGGUUCAGACUCACGUCGGCGGCGCUAACCUGCCCCUCAACCGGGGCUUGGAGCGAGCGCUGGAGGAGGCGGCGGCCAGCGGCGUCCUCAGUCUCAGCUCCCGAAAGCUGAAGGAGUUUCCCCGGACAGCUGCCAACCACGACCUGAGCGAUACGGUGGAGGCAGAUCUUUCAAAGAACCGACUCACAGACGUCCCCUCAGAGGUCUGCCACCUGGUUGCCUUGGAGACACUAAACCUCUAUCACAACUGCAUCAGGACCAUCCCAGACAGCAUCAUCAGCCUGCAGUCACUCACGUCCCUGAACCUCAGUCGGAACCAGCUCAGCUCUUUGCCAGCCUGUCUGUGUGGUUUACCUCUGAGAGUCCUCAACGCCAGCAACAACAAGCUGGUGAGCCUGCCAGAGACCAUAGGACAGCUGCGUGGUCUGAUGGAGCUGGACAUAAGCUGUAAUGAAAUUACAGCUCUUCCUCGUCACAUCGGCAGACUCAAAGCUCUACGGGAACUCAACAUACGUAGAAAUCUUCUCUGCGUCCUUCCAGAAGACCUGGCUGACCUUCCUCUGGUCAAGUUUGAUCUGUCCUGUAACAAGGUGUCCACCAUCCCAGUGUGUUACAGGAAGAUGAGGCAGCUCCAGUCCCUUCAGUUAGAGAACAAUCCUCUGCAGAGCCCACCUGCACAGAUCUGCAUAAAGGGUAAAGUUCAUAUAUUUAAAUAUCUAAGCAUGGAGGCGUGUCGCAGUGAGAAGAUGUCUGACUCKCUCUACCUGCCGGCUAUCGAGCGUCUCGGCCUGCGACCCUCAACUGGCAGUGUGGAGGACAUGGAGCAGCAGAGGAAACAGGACAGUGACUCAGGAGUCGGCAGCGACAGCGGAGAGAAGAGGCUGUCUGCAACUGAGCCUUCAGAUGAAGACAGUCUGAGUCUGAAUGCACCGAUGAGCAACAUCACAGAGGAGGAGGGCAUYAGCAAAGAUGACUCCAGUGAACACAUCAGCUCCCUGACAGUCGACCCAAACUCGGACUCAGUGCGUCUGAUUGAGGAGAGCCCUACGGAAGCCCUGAAGGAAUACAACUGCAGAGACUCAGCUCUCAGCUCUCGCUUCAUCAACUACAUCAAGGGUCGGACGGCAGCAGACUUCGAAGAGCCUCUCAGGAUAGAAGAAGAUUCCCACUGGCAGACAGAACAAACGUCAAAGGUCACAGGUAACACAGAGCUCCACAUUGACAUGAUCAACCAGUUGCAAGAAGCUGUGGAUCUGCUGCAGGACUCCAACAGAGUGAACACAGAGGAGGACCACCUAUCUGGAGUCCAGCUGUACCCAGUGGAGAUGGUCACAGUGGACGAGUCAUUAAAUGGACAGGACAGUGACGACAGCGCCACAACACCAAAGAGAGAUGACAGAUCUCCAACCAGCGGACCUCCAUCUUUCUCCAGCUCACCCUUUGGACUGAAACCACGGUCAGCCCCACCCUCACUGCCGUGCUCACCCCCUACUUCCUGUCUAGACCCCUCCCUCCUCUCACAGGCCUCUUCCCUACAUAAAGUCACACAUCGUAGCCAUGGCGACGGAGGCACAGUGUUCCUGCGGAGCCACAAGAGUCUGGAGUCUGUGGAUCCUCAGUUCACCAUGAGGCGAAAGAUGGAGCAGCUGAGAGAGGAGCUGGAGCUCAUGGAGCAGCUGAGAGAUAUCAUAGAGAGCAGACUGAAAGUCGUCCUUCCUGAAGACCUCGGCUCCUUUCUGAUGGACGGAGUUGUGCUCUGUCAUCUGGCCAAUCACAUUCGCCCGCGCUCCGUUGCUAGCAUCCACGUUCCCUCGCCUGCAGUGCCCAAACUCAGCAUGGCCAAGUGUCGGAGAAAUGUGGAGAACUUCCUGGAUGCCUGCAAAAAGAUGGGUGUACCUCAGGACAAACUGUGUCUUCCUCACCACAUCCUGGAGGAGAAGGGCCUGGUGAAGGUGUGCAUCACGGUGCAGGCUCUGGUAGAGGAGGUUCCCCUCAAACAGCCGCUCCUGACGUGAACAACAGCGGUGCUGAAGCUUCAAUCCAAACCUGCCCACUGACUUCAGUCUGCAUCCUCCACAGUAACUGUUUUAUUUCAGUUCAGGAUGCAGAGAGGGAACUGAACUCAUCAGAAGUGGAUUUCUUUCCUAUCUCUGAAAAAUAUCAAGCUAAAUUUUAGAAAACCAGACUGACUUUCAGGCAGUUGCUUUUUAAAUCAAGUUUUUCUAGAAGAUGAGUCAAAAGGAAUAUUUUUUUAUCAAUCAGGUAAAUUCAGUUACAUACGUAAAUACAUUUUAACAUUUUAAAGAUUUUAAUUUGUUUUAGAACACCUGUUGGUACCAACAUCUUGGGAAACACAAUGAACAUCAUGACAGAGAAAAUGGACCAAUUGUUUUAGAAACUUGAAAAGGCAGAAAAGAUGCAGUUUUAUAAGAAAAUUCUAAAUACAUAUGUGGACAGUUAAGAUGUUCAAAAGAAGGUUGUUUUCAAAGUAAUUACAAUGACUUUUUUUUCUUUUUACAACAGCAACACUGACAGGCUUGUCCUGUGGCUCUGACCCGUACAGAACACAUCCACUGUUUAAAGCAAAGAAAGCUGAACGAGCGCUAAGCUCAUCUCUCUGUCAAAAAUGACUGAAUCUGUUUUCUCUAAAGAUCUUCAAACAGUUUUAGCUUGUUUUUUUGGUUUGUUUUGUUGUUUUGACAUCAUUUCCCUCUCAGGUGGGGCUGCGGUUUAGUCUCACCUCUGAAAUGAUCCAUGUGAUGGUUUGUCCAGUCCACACAGAACAACCAAAAACAAACCUUAUAAAGAUCUGAUUUUUUCACCAAAACCUCCAGAAAGUCUGUCUUUAAAAACAUCCAUAGUGAUUAAGGCCGGGCCACCAUCAGAACUCAGGAAAGUUUAGUUUUCCUUUUGGUAAAAUUAUGUCUUUAUUAUAAAUACUUACCUUCAAAAUAAAAGCCUUAUUCUUAGUUUGGUUAGUUUUUCAAGUUCUGCAUCUUCGCUGUGUAAACUCUCCAUUUUCUCUGCAUGAUUGUUUCUAAUCAUCUGGAUCUGUUUAGAUUCAUUAAUCUGAAUGAGACAAAUAAUCUAUGCACACAUCAUUUCAACAAACCCUUCAGUCAUUUGAACUUUCUAGUUUUGUUUUUAAUUUUUUUUUAUCUUGAUGUUUUUGGUGGAGUAUUUCUGGGAUAUGUGAGUAUUUUUCUCCCCAUUCUCUAAAGAGAAUAAAACCAAAAUACUAAAGUCUAGGGAGAUCGAGGGAGACGGCUUUUUAUCUGCCAGUUGAAGCUGAAGAUAUUUAUAAUAGAAAAGGCUUGACUUGUAUAGAAUCUGAAAGAAAUAGCCUCAAACUAUUUUUCUCUAAUAUAUUUUCAGUACAAUUGUGUAUAUUUUCUAUGGGUUUAGUUUGGUGCUGUCUGUGUGUUCCUGAUUGUGGGUGGGGGCAGGGGGUGCAGAUCUGAACAGUUCUACCCUCUGCAUCAUUCACCAGGUCUAAAUGUUGAUGCAGUUUGUUUUUUGUGCCAAAUCAUGUGUGGCGUCAGCGUCUCUGAGCUGUUUGAUGACUUUUAGUUACCUGACACUUAAAUGUCAGAGAGAGGAGUGGUCUUCGAGGGUCUUGCAUCUCUAGAUGUCGAGGGUCUCGUGUCUCCAGAAGUGUGGACUGCUGAGAGAACAGAGAGUUUUAAUGUCUCUGCUGGGGUUUGAAUGCUUGGAGACAAAAAUAUUCUCUCACAGCUUUGCAAAGUCAAUUUGAAAUGUAAUGUAGCGAAACAUUCCUCUGGCCUGCUGACUGUGCUAAAGAGUGAAUGAGGGUGUGUGUGUGUGUGUCUGUGUGUGUGCGCUUGUGCAUGCAUUAGAGCAGAGCUGUUGCUGUGUGAGAUUACAGACUGUGUGACUCAGGGUGGGUUUGGUUUACUGCACUGUUGAUGCCUCAUUAAACAUUGUGCUUUA